AUGCCCGCCCGACCACCACCACCCAGAGUGUGUGAGUAUAGUGAGUACAUCUACCUCGCCGCGCCUCGCCGCCGCCUGGCCGCAGCACCCGCACCCGCACCACCAGUACCAGCCCGAGCGAUGAUGCCCGCCCGACCACCACCACCCAGAGUGUGUGAGUAUAGUGAGUACAUCUACCUCGCCGCGCCUCGCCGCCGCCUGGCCGCAGCACCCGCACCCGCACCACCAGUACCAGCCCGAGCGAUGAUGCCCGCCCGACCACCACCACCCAGAGUGUGUGAGUAUAGUGAGUACAUCUACCUCGCCGCGCCUCGCCGCCGCCUGGCCGCAGCACCCGCACCCGCACCACCAGUACCAGCCCGAGCGAUGAUGCCCGCCCGACCACCACCACCCAGAGUGUGUGAGUAUAGUGAGUACAUCUACCUCGCCGCGCCUCGCCGCCGCCUGGCCGCAGCACCCGCACCCGCACCACCAGUACCAGCCCGAGCGAUGAUGCCCGCCCGACCACCACCACCCAGAGUGUGUGAGUAG